AUGGAACUUGAUCCUCCGGUACAACUCGUCCAGGAAAAUAUAAACCCAGCCAACCAAAUGCCGCGGACUCCAGAAUCAUCCCCAUUCAAGCGCCCCGCAAUGAGCUUUUCUCCCCGACCUGAAAUCUCAGGAUUUCACGAAAUAAGUCACAGCGAUAAGAAGUCGCUCUCUCAAAGCGGAAUACUUUCACCGCCACUUUCUCCAUACAUCAACCGUCAGAUAUCCGAGGUUCCAUCCGAUCUUGGACCUUCGAUACUUAAUAGGGAUCCUGUUCUCUACGAUGCGCCUUCAAAUGAUGAGAAUCAACGGCCGUUGUUCGAUCUCUCUGAAACCGAUCGAGAAUCACCAGCAUCACUAGUCAAAACAACACCUACCAGGAUUGUAGGGGUUUCCGCGGCUAAGGCGGAUAGCAAGGUCGUUUCUAUCCCGACAUUCAAAUCAACGGCAUGGCAAGAUUGUUUUCGGGGACCUGGUGAAUAUUUUCAACGCGAGAGGCAGUUUUUAAAACAACAGAUUGAUGCCGCGAGGGCUGCAAAGGUUGUGAGGGCCGCAAAGACUGUUAAGCUAGUUGCACACAGCAUGUCUCCCAAAGCAACCAUCUCUGGGCCUAAGCGGUCGCAUCAAAGAUCCCGGAGCUCGGGCUCGGACAUUGCGGCUUUCCCGAACGACAAGGUUCGAAUCCAUAGAAAUACCGAUAACAAAGUGAUCAAGCCUAAAUUCAGCCGACAAUCGAAGCCAGUUACGACGACUAGGAAAGAUGUUCAUUUUUUGACGGUCGAGGAUGUUACACCCCUGGUCGAUCUUCUACCAGAUAAUCCGCGUUGCCUUCACGUCGAUUGGUCUGGAGCUCCUCUCGAUAUCUCAAAUGAUCCAGACCGUCAUCUUCUUCAUAAAGCAGAACAACACCUUGCUUCGACUUUGAAACUUUCUUGCGGCCAGUAUCUGACGCAGAAGCGUCUUAUAUUUCUUGAACGAGUUACACGACUAAGAGCUGGAAACCAAGUAUUUUCACGAACCCAUGCACAACAAGUAUGUCACAUUGAUGUCAACAAGGCCUCGCGUCUAUUUGCGGCUUUCGAGAAGGUUGGCUGGCUCUCACCCCAGGCUUUAAAGCAGUAUCUUUAG